UGUUCUCACCUGAAGAGAGUCAGUGCUUUUUCUAACCUCUAUCCAGGCUAUCAAGUUCUAUGUGACAAAUAACUGCUUUGCUUUAUAAUUAUUCAUGUGUGGUAUGACAUCAUCAUGUCCUUAUAUGGAACCUCCGCCCCUAGAUGUCUCAGCAGUACAUGAGGGUACAUACCUCACAGUUUCCGUAAUGCCGUGUGAAUCAAUUGGCAAUAAUCUGUAUGGGGACAUAAAGGAGUAUGAUUUAAGAUACAGAUUAGCUGAUAGUGAUGAGGAGUGGAUUGAUGUAGCAAUUACAAAAGGUCAAGGAAGCAAUGGUUACAAAAUAACAAGCCUAGAAACAGAUGCAGACUAUGAAGUCAGUGCUAGAGUUAUCAACGGGGCAGGUGCUGGAUACUGGAGCUGCUCUACCAAAGCAGUAACAGGUUCAAGUACAGGAACAGGAUCAUCAAUCCCCGGAUUUAUGAUUGCAUUAGUGGUUGUUCUUUUCAUCAUCAUCAUCUUUCUUCUUUCCUUGGUAUUUUACCUAUACUACAGAUACAUCCCCACAAAUGGGAACAAUACGAAUAAAUGUGAAGUUCAAGUGACAGCAAAUACCCGAGUAGUUGAUGAAGAAAAUGAACUUGAUAACUAUACCAAGCUCAUCAAAGAUGAUUUGACGCAGGAAAAUCAAUACGAUGCCAUCCAAACAGGGACUCAAAACACGUAUGAUUAUGCAAUGCCACAGACAAGUAGACUUGAGGUAGCUACAACAGAAGAAAACGUUCGAGUUACCGGAGGCGAAAAUGAGAUCCCAAUGAAACGUAUGGGACAUGAGUCUGACUCGAUUAAUAAUGCUAUUCCUCAAUAUGCAAACAUAAAAUAAUCACUCUUUACCAUAUUCUACGUUUUUAUAAGCAUCUGAAUGUCUACUUUGCAAUGUAUUUUGAAAUGUGUGCUAAUGAACAUAAUAUUUUUAUUAUGCUUUUUUUUUAAAGUUAAUUUUAUUAUUAUUAUCAUUUUGUGAAGCCCAGUCGGCCAAAUGCUUCAACUAUUGCCAUAACAGAAUAUUUUAAAGCAUGAUAUUGAAUACAGUUUCGUCUUUAACUGUAAUUUUAGAAAGACAUUUGCAAAUGAAAGUCAAAUUGCUUUUUAAAUUAAGAACAUGAGCCAAUAAUAAUUUUGUUUAUAUUGUUAAAGCAUGUAAGAUACUAGGUCUAUGCCUACUGGUAAGAUACUAAGCCUAUGCCUACUGGUAAGAUACUAGGCAUAUGCAUACUGGUAAAGAAUAUUGUAAAAAAUAGAUUAUAAAAUACAUGAUAAAAUGUUGUGAUGGAUGUAGUCUGAGACAUUACUUAUUCAUCAUAUAUUGACUUAUUUUAGCGAUUAACCUGUUUGUAUCAGCUGCACUCACUUAAGUGGUACGUUCCACUUACCUUAACAUACUGAAUACUCUGCUGUGAGCUACUGGGGUGGGUCCAGAUAUUUUCAGGAGGGGUGCAGAAAGAAGGGAACUCCUGUAAAAAUAAAGCAAGAUUAAUUAGGGAACUGUCUUCUUACUUGUCACCCUCCCAUCUUUCGAGAGACUUAACGCCAACAAUAAUAUUAGCCUUAAAAUUGUUCUCAUAAAUUACCCCCACCCCUAAAGAAAUAGCUGCUUACUAUUUACUUAAUAUCUGUACAUUUUUUUGCCAGCUAAAAUUUAAAAGCACUUUAACAUGUUAAGGGCGGGGACGACCAUCGCCGCCUAUGGAUCCACCCAGGUGUAUCACCUGUAGGGGUCUGUGAUUACGCUAGAGUGGAGUCGGGUGGUGACCCCCUUGAAGAUUUUGCAUUUUUGUUGAGCCACUUUUAUGUUUUUCUUCAUUUUUUCAAAUGAAAGUCAAAUUACCUUUUAAAUAAAUAAAAACAUGAGCCAAUAAUAAUUUUGUUUAUAAUGUUAAAGCAGGU